AUGGCGGGCAACAGGCUCAGAGACAAGUCGGCCAGCAGAUACCUCAGCAGGCUCCAGAGGCAGGAGCAAAAGGAGGAGGAAGAGGAGGGGACCUGUACCCUGCAGCACCCACAAUUAGAGGAGGAGGGAGAGGAGACUAAGGGGGGAAAGGAGCAACUGCAGCAUCCGGAGCCCCAGGGUAAUGCAAGGGGGGAUAAGAGACCCCACUCCAAGAAAGUUCACUUUGCCUUUUUCCAGAAGGGAUACCAGCCCCUAAAGGAGGAGACAGAUGAAGAGAAGUCCAAAGAGAACUAUUGGAAGGUGGUCAAGAAGUAUGGCAAGAAUGCUGGGAAAAUGAUCAUUGAAGAAUGUCGGUCAUACUUUACCACUGAUUUACAAGGACUUGACACAACUUACUCAUCACCCUUUGCAGAAUCAGCUACCUUCCCUCCCUUGAGUCAAAGAGUUUGUCCUAUCUGCUCUAAGCUCAAGCAGCGAGGACUUUGA